GUAGUAGCGCUCUAUGAUACUUUAUUUGUUUUGUUACGACUAAAAAUGUUGUGUUUUGAUUAUUCUUUGUUUAGACAUGGCGGCUGCUAUCACUUUAAGAUCGUCAAUUGUUCCAUCUAAGCAAGUAUGACAAUUUUUAAAUUUUUAUUGAACCACGGCACUCACCCAUUUCCCUCUCAGGCCUCAUUUAUAAUUCUCCAAAUUUGAUGGGUAAUUAUUUAUCUUAAUGAAAAGAAAACAGUUUAUAUCAUCUCCCUGAAAACGAACAUGAACUCAUGCAUCUUAAUUUCAAAUAUUAAUUAUACUAUUACUAUAGUCUAUAGUACAUUUAUAUAAAUAAUAAAUAUGAUGGGUAAAGAUCGAUGCUUGUGCCAAACUGUUAAUCAGUUUGAACGCAUCCACAUAUUUUCAAAAUUCUUUGUGUGGACACCAGAUUACCUUUUGUUUAUAAUAGGUUACUUUGCAACCAACCCCAGACCAAAUCAAAAUCAAACACCUCAACAAAAUCAUAAAUUACCACAAAGAAAGUGUGACAGCCAGUAUAGGUACACAAAGAAAUUAUGAAAUAAUUACACUAAAUUAUAAUAUAGGAUACUUAUGUUGUUCCACUAAAUUAGUAAUAUUGAUGAAUGACAUCCCCUUUACUACUACUUUAAGUAUGGAAUAUAACCUAUAUAUUAAUAUAUACAGCAGCAUUUGGGGCAAUAAUAUUUUUCCUCUGAUUAGGCCUACUUUAAAUCAAAUAAGACUAUUUAUUUAUUUAUCAGUAGCACGCCUUAUAGUAGGCCUAAUUAAAUAUUUAAAAAUAAAGUAAAGAAAAGAGAUGCAUUUACUCAUUCCAAAGUUCCAGAUGUCAAUUUUUUUACCGCUGCUACAGUAUAGUUUUCAACAUAUAUAUAUAGACCAUAGACUUGAUAGAUUUAAUUAAUAAUAGCCUACUGGCCAAACAAUGACAGGCAUUGCAUCAAUAUGGCAUCCAGUGUUGCCAACUCAUUAAAAAUAUUAUAAAUUUAAUUUAUCCUUCUCAAUAUCAAUGUUCAUAUAGUAUAGCAUAUAAAUAAGAUUUGUCAUUAAAAUAUGUAGGAUUUAGAUUUGUAAGCAUUUAUGUUUCUUUUCAGACUGCUUCUGAGAUUUCUGGUUAUCACACAGAGGUUGUUGUAAAUAAAUUUGAGGAUCAUCUGUUUAUUAUUGCAACACAGUUUAUGAAACUUGGGACAAUAGUAAGUUGGGUACUUAUCUAAUUUUAAAGAUAAUUAUCAAUUAAUAAGGCAGCAAAAAUUGUCUUUAAUCAUAAUUUUCAUAAUAAUAUUUAGCGCAGUUGAAAUAAUGAUUGUUUUAUCUUGACCUGUUUUAGAAGAAAAUCACUUUUACUCCAGUGGCUUCAUGUCAGGACUGCAUGAAAAGGAUUCAAUAGCUCAAGGGCUGGAACACAUUUACAUUUACCAUUUUUAAGUGGGCUAAAAGAUUAAAUAGGAUUAUUCAGUUAUCAAUAAUUCUGCUUUAAUUCUUCUUUUCCAUUGUUAACGAAUUUUUCUUUUUAACAAUGUGUUCCUGAAAUAUUUUUGAGAUUGGUUUUUAUAGUUAAAAAAUAAAAAUGUUAUUUAAAAGCUGUAACCAUUAAUGUUUUUAAUUACACAGUAUCAUUUUUGUAAAGCAUUUUAAAAUUAUUUUAAAUAAUAGAUUGGAACAUUAAUUAGAAUGAAGUUUCAAUUCAAAUUUAAAGCGUUAGUAAAAUUAAAAUAACACAUUGAAAACCAGAGUAACUUACCAAUACAUCAAGCAAAAUUUAAACCAUAACAUGUAUAAUUUUCAGAUUCAAGUGACAAGAGAUACUGUGACAGAUGAGUAUCAGGAAAAUGUUUCUUUAUUUUCUACAAAAGUUCUUUUGGGCAAAGAUGAGGUAAUGAUGCAAUUUCUUUUGUUUCUGAUGAGUUUAAGUAAACUAUGAUGCUCUAGCCUAGACAUGGCAAACCUUUUAGAGACCAAGUACCCACACUGCAGCCCAAAAUCAAUUUAUGUUGAAUAAAUAAUUUAAUCAACAUUGCAAUUUAAACUAAAUUCUAGGUCCUAGUUUAGGGACAAAAAAACACAAUGGCCCUCUUUGUGAAAUUGUGCCAUCCCUGCUCUAGCCUUUAUUAAAAGGCUUAAAAAAUAUUAAACCUACUUUUCUUGCUUGUGCAAUGUAUGGGAGGGGUGUGGAAAAGGGUGGGAAAAACACUUAAGUCUAUUAUUUUGCAUUAAAUUUUUUUUUUCAUCAAUGUAUCUAUUUUGAUCUUGCUUUUGAUUUUUUAAGAUGUAAUUUUCAGCCAAUAACACAUGUGAUGGCUAAAACAAUAGUGACAUCCCUGAAUCCCCCUGUACCAGUGAUUCUGACACUGGCUCUCAAAGACACAACACCAGCUACAGUAAAUGCAAUAACUGACUUAAUUAAAUCUUGUUUGUGACAAUUUUUGUAAUGCUUUUUCUUAUCAUCUGUGAGCGUUUGAAAUACUUUAUUAUCUUAUAAAUGAUUGUUUCUGUGAAAGAAUGUUUGUGAACAUGUGAAAUGUUAAUGCAUUUAAAAAUGAUGAUGUAGGUUUUGUAAUUUUUAAAUUUAAUUGAUCAUAAAAAUU